AUGUCUUCAUUGGUAACACGAGGAAGACUCGUCUUUACAGGCAACACGAGGAAGACCUGUCUUCACAGGCAACACGAGGAAGACCUGUCUUCACAGGCAACACGAGGAAGACCUGUCUUAAUUGGCAACACGCGAACGCCCUGUCUUCACAGGCAACACAAGGAAAACCUGUCUUCAUUGGUAACACGAGGAAGACCCGUCUACAUUGGCAACACGAGGAAGACCCGUCUUCACUGGCAACACGAGGAAGACCCACCUUCACUGGCAACACGGGGAAGACCGGUCUUCAUUGGCAACACGGGGAAGACUCGUCUUCAUUGGCAACACGAGGAAGAACUGUCUACACAGGCAGCACAAGGAAGACCCGUCUUUAUCGGCAACACAAGGAAGACAUGUCUUCACUCUUCACUGGCAACACGAGGAAGACCUGCCUUCACUGGCAACACAAGGAAGACCUGUCUUAAGUUGCAACACGCGAACGCCCUGUCUUCACAGGCAACACAAGGAAAACCUGUCUUCACUGGCAACACGAGGAAGACCUGCCUUCACUGA